UUCACAGAAUUUCCAACACGUAAAACAAAAGACCAUGGGUCCAUUGAAGACGAUAUGUGUCUACAUCCGCCUCUUCUUAGAUCGAGUAGUCGAUUUCUUUUUCUCUCUUUAUUGGGAUAAUAAAAAGGCAGUUAUACCGGACUUGGAGAAGAAGUAUGACUUCCUUGCUGAAAGCGCUACAAGUUUGUCAAAUAAGAUUAAAAAGAAGGAAUUGAAAUCAGAAGAAUUAGUCCUCGCUCUUAUUGAGAGAAUAAAACAGGUAAAUCCAAUCUUAAACGCUAUAGUAGCGGACAGGUUCGAAGGUGCGUUGGAAGAAGCAAGAGAAAUAGACAGGAGGAUAUCAGAUGGAAUCACAGAUGAUCUAUUGAAGAAGCCGUUCUUGGGUGUUCCUUUCACGACAAAGGAAAGUCAGGCAAUAAAAGGAAUGCCGUUGACCAUGGGGACCUGGUGCCGGCGCAACGAAAGGGCGACAGAAGACAGUGAAGCCGUCGUGAGACUAAGAGCAGCUGGAGCCAUUCCACUCGCCUGCUCUAAUUUACCGGAACUACUUGUUUGGCAAGAAACGCGCAACCCCGUAUACGGCAUGACGAACAACCCGCACCACACCGGCCGCACGACAGGAGGCUCCAGUGGCGCUGAGGCGGCUCUGACCGCCACCUACGCUACUGCGAUCAGUUUGUGUUCAGAUAUUGGAGGUUCCACACGUAUGCCAGCGUUUUACUGUGGAAUGUUUGGUCACCACCCAACUGCUGGAACCACGAAUACGAAAGGGUCCUUCUACAGAAAAGGUGAUGAGGAUUCAAUGUUCUGCUUGGGCUUCAUCUCCAGGUUCGUGGAGGAUCUGGCCCCACUAACAGCUGUUAUUGCUGGAGACAAAGCCAGUCUUCUGAAGCUAGACAGACAGAUCGACAUAAAGAACAUCAAAUUCUACUACUUAGAUUCGAGUAACGAUUGUUUCGUAAGUCCUUUGAGGUCGGAUAUGAAAGACGCUAUGCAAAGGGUAAUUUGCAAGAUAAAUGAAAACUUGAACACUUCUGUCCAGCCCUACUAUCACAAAGGUUUCGACUACAUGUACCAAAUUUGGUCAUACUGGAUGUCCAAAGAACCAGGCAACUACGCACAACUGCUGACUAACGACAAGGAAAUGAAUGGGUUAACGGAAUUAUUUAAAAAGAUGUGCGGAAUGAGCAAGUUUUGCUUGUUCAGCAUACUGAGAGUUAUCGAGCUACAAUGGCUGCCACGACCGCGACCAGAGUGGGCCGAAGAGUUGACGAGAAGCUUUAAGGAAGAUUUGUUUAGCAAGCUCGGCGACGACGGCGUGCUGUUGCUCCCGAGCGGCCCGCACGCCGCGCCCUACCACUACUCCUUCUACUUCCGCCCCUACAACUUCUCCUACUGGGGCAUCGUUAACGCGCUCAAGUGCCCCGCCACACAGGUACCUCUAGGAAAGAACAGUCAAGACCUACCAGUCGGUAUCCAAGUGUUAGCAAAGCCAUACAACGACGCCCUUUGCUUAACCGUUGCGAAAUAUUUAGAAAAAGAAUUUGGCGGGUCUUUACCAGCUUGUAAAGUUAAUACUAGUUAACCAAUAAUUUAAAUAUUUUUAUUUUUUUAUUUUUACUAAUAUUAUGGGUUAUUUAAUGUGGUGAAUUUUUUUCAAUUUAUAAGACUGUUAAAAUUUUAAAAUAAAUGUAAUUAUAAAUCUAUUGUGUUGUUAGUUCUCUUCAAAGAUUGCUAUAUUGAUAAUUUUCUAUACAUUCUUACUAAGAUUAUUUUAGCACAAUCACUAGUAAUUUAAUUUAGCCAUUAGUAAAGACAAUUUUAAUUUAUAGUCUAUAAUCUAUUUUCAAUCUGAUUGGCGCGUGUGUAUCAAAUACAUGGUAGUGUGUGUAAUGUUUUUU